AUGAAGCCUGGUGCAAAAACAUCCCUCGUUCGCUUCAGCGAUCUUGAGCCAUCAUGGCACGUCCCCGGAGCCAAAGUCCCCGGCACCAUGAGAUGGCUUAUUAGUUGGGUCGGCGGGCCAGCGGGCUAUAUCAAUUCCAGCCCCGGAAAAGCUGUGGAAAAUGAAGAUAUUGGUGUUGGAUUCAUGUAUCUACCAGUGGGACAACGGCAGCAGGGUCUACACUACCAUGAGGUUACGGAGAUAUAUAUCAUCAUCAAGGGCUUUCUGGAAGGGUACGACGGGACAGGCAAGUCUCACCGAGCAGGUCCCAUGGAUUUGAUCAAUAUUCCUGCUGGUGUUCCUCACGGCGUGCGCAAUUGCGGCUCUGAAGAUGUGGAGAUGGUCUGGCUACACGAUGGAGUCGAGAAAAAGGGGGUUACGGUGUACUGUACGACGGAAGAGGACAUCAGAAACGCGCCUGGCAAGGAGCCGAUCACGAUCGUCUCACUAAAGGAUCUGGAGCCUUGUUGGUCACUACCUCGCGCCAAGGAACCCGAGUUUCUUAGAUGGUCAAUCAACUGGAUCGGAGGUCCAUCUGGGUACCAGAACCUGAAUCGCGGGCUGGCGGUCGAGAGCGAGAAGAUUACGGCUGGCCUGACGGUCCUCAUGCCGGGCAAUAAACAACCGCCGUACGCCCAAGAGCAAGUGUCAGAGACCUGUAUUAUCGCGGGAGGAAAAGCGGUCAUAAAUCUCGGUCAAGGCAACACAGAAGUUGGCUACCUGGAUUGCCUUUACUUUCCACCAGGGCUUACUCAUUCACUGCGAAACCACGGCACCGAACCGGCUUACAUUCUAUGGGCUCAUUCUAAGGCGAACCCAAUUGGCGCAACGGUCUAUCAAGGGGAAACAAACACGCAUUGUAACGGCAAUGGCAGCAGCUCGGCUGAUUGA